AUGUCUGCACACGCAAAGAUCAAUAUCUUCGUUACGGGAGUAACAGGUUACCUUGGAGGAGCGGUAGUAGACCGAUUGCUCAGUCAUCCUAGGGUCAGCGACUUCCAGAUUACAGCCCUUGUGCGGUCGCCAGAGAAGGCCGAGAAACUUAGAUCGUUGGGUAUCACUCCAGCGAUUGGUUCAUUAGAUGACUCCGAUUUGCUACACAAUUUGUGCUCGGAAUCCGACGUAGUCUUAGCCAUGGCAGACUCGGAUCAUUAUUCGUCCGUAAAAGCAAUGCUGGACGGGCAGAAGGAACGAUUCGAGACCACGGGUAAACAGGGCAUUUUCAUUAAUACGUCCGGGACAGGUGUCCUCGCCGACAAUGCUGCUGGCAUGUAUCAAUACGAUACAAUCUGGAAUGACGCGAAUCCCGCGCAGAUGGCCACGCUCGCCCCAACCCAAAUGCACCGUGACGUCGAUUUGAUGAUUGUGGAAGCGGACAAAGAAGGAUACGUCAAAACAUAUAUCGUCCUGCCCUCGACUAUAUACGGGAUAGCUCAAGGGCGCCUGGUGGACCUCGGCAUCGCCAACAAUCGCUCCAGGCAGAUUCCUGCUAUUAUCCGUGCAAGCCUAGAUCGAAAACAGGGCGGGAUGGUUGGUCUGGGGAAGAAUAUGUGGCCUAAUGUUAAUAUCGAGGAGCAGGCAGACUUCUUUAUCAUCUUACUUGAUGCCGCUCUCGACAAACUAGACACGCUUGGCCAUGGGACCGACGGGUACUACUUCGGCGAGAGCGGAGAACACUCCUUAUACGAUGUUGGUAAAGCAGUAGCAGAAGCGCUAGUGGACCUAGGGAUUGGGCAGAGUCGCGAGCCAACUACGUUCACCAAGGAUGAAAUUGACAAAUACUUCGGCGGAAAUGAUUACUUGGGUAGCAAUUCGCGUUGUCGGGCCGAUCACGCUCGAUCUUUGGGAUGGAACCCCAAGAAGAGCACAGCGGACCUGCUUUCCAGCAUUCGGGCGGAAGUCGAAGAGGAAAUCAAGGCAAGCGCAGAAGGUAGAUUAAGAAAGGAUCAGAAGCUGUAG